AUGGCUCAAAAAAUAUUCCAAUCUAUUCGACGACUUCCAGCACAGUUAACACCAAUGCGUAAGAAGCAAGAUACGGUAGAAGUAGUGGGGAGUCAUUACAAAAUCAAUGUGUUUUCAAAUAUUGGUUUCCCCUCUAAACCUUCGUCCCUGGCAUACGAUCAAACUCUUGAUGUGUUUGCGUUGGCCACGCGGGAGGGUUUGUUAUAUGUCUAUGGUAAACCGGGUAUUGUUUAUUAUGGAUCACAUAAGGAUGCAUCUGAAAUUAUCAAAGUCGUAUUCAUUGUUGGAAAAGGGAAGUUAUUGACUCUUAGUGACAGUGACGAUAUUUUCAUCUGGGAGAUUGAUUUAUCAGCUACGCCACACCCCUGUCUUCAAAACGUCGGCCGAUUAUCGAAUGUAUCAAUUUUAUUGGAACCUAAAAGACUUGAUCCCGAAUCAGUUGAUUACAUAGAAAGCCAUGUAACGGCUAUGAUUGUGGAGUCUUCAAAUUCUUCUAUUAUCGUUGGAACGGAUCAAGGUAGCGUGGCAUUCAUUAAACGGAAUACGAACGUGAAGCAAGGAGUCGCACAGGACGAGAGCUCUAUGUGGAUUUUCCCUAAACAGGAGGAUGUUCUCACCGCUCAUCACGUUAUGCAGAGUAUUCCUUCAGAAAAGCGCGCUCGUCUUCGAUUGGAUGCGGUCGUGGUUCUCUCUGAGCAGCCCGGUUAUAACGGGCGACUUCUUAUUGGCUAUAGUAGUGGUGUCUGUCUCCUCUAUGACCUACACGGGCAUGGUGUUUUGGCAAUUCUUCCCUGUCAAUAUGAGCUUGAAUCGGCCACUUGGUGUGGGGGCAGUGGUCUCCCUGUUCGCGGUGCAACGUCAAACCCUACUCAAGCUCCACCUCACCUUGGCACCAGACUACUCACCGCCUAUGGCAAUGGUUCACUCGGUGUUUGGCAAAUCCCUCUUUUUGUUACUGGUCCCGGUCUAGCCAAAGGAUUGAGCACCCAAGUCUUGCAAAUGAUGGAGUCCCCCAGCAUGCCUUAUGGCCCGUUUCCUUGCAAGUUAAUCAGCAAAGUGUUUUGGCUGCCUUCUCACAAAGGAGGAAUAACAGUGUUUGCAGGUGGUCUGCCUCGUUCACUUUAUGCCAACAAUAACACCGUAAGCAUUCUGCGGGGUUCGAACUUGGAUCAAGCAGCAGCCGCGAAUCUCGCCGCUGCACUCAGGGCGGACAGUGAAGGUGAUUAUGAGGAUUCGACGGGCGAGGAGGAUGCUUUCGACCAGACUGGAGGCGACGGUGUCACUCUUGCCAGUGGCCUCGUCCCCGGUGCCCCUGUCCAUGUUUUCGACUCCGACGCGCCCGAGCAUGUCUGUUUGGACCUUCCCUCCCCUGUUGUUGACGUCUGUUCUCUUGGACCCUCUGGUGGCCCCGCAAGCGGACUCCUGGUAAGUUAA